AUGCCUCCCGCGUCUUCAACCCCAACGGCUUGGACACAUGAAUUCGAUACAUUACGGCGAGAAAGUCUGUUUCGAAAUCCGCCCAAGGACCAUACGGCCUAUCCAGAACUCAAAGCUGCCAUUGCCCCCCAUGUUGAAUCAUUUAAUGCACUUUUUGGAGGCCAAGGGUUGAUUGCGCAGGGACUGUUAGACAUAGGAACAAAGGUUUAUCUUGAUGGCGAUGAUAGAGCUACAUGGGUAGGCAAAAAUAAAUUUCAAAUAAGCAUUAAACAAGUCUAUAUUGAAAAAUCAACGUUGCCAUCGAGUAAUAAGUUUUCAACAAAGAAUAGAGAUAUUCUUCCGGCAGAAUGUAGAGAACGUCAUUGUACUUAUCGAGGAAGAAUGAGUGCCAAAUUUCAGUAUCAGAUCAACGAAGAAGAUCCAAUUGAGUUUGUUAGGGAUUUGGGGCAGAUACCACUCAUGCUAAUGUCUACUAAAUGUCAUCUUGAAACAAACACUCCUGCCCAAUUGGUGCGAAAUAAGGAGGAGUCGGAAGAGCUUGGUGGAUACUUUUUAGUAAACGGGAUAGAGAAGUUGAUUCGCCUUCUAAUAGUAAACCGCCGAAAUUUUCCAAUGGCGAUUGAGCGACCAUCUUUCGAAGGAAGAGGACCCGAAUAUUCAAAAUACGGCAUAGUCAUACGUUCAGUUCGCCCAGAUCAAACUUCACAAAGCAAUGUAUUGCACUAUCUUCAUGAUGGAAAUAUUACAUUUAGAUUUUCAUGGCGGAAAAAUGAAUAUCUGAUACCCUUAAUGAUGCUACUCAAAUCGCUUCUUGAAACUAAUGACAGAGAAAUAUUUGAAGGACUCUCUGGAACCUCUGAAACCAAAGGUGCUUUAAAUACGUUCUUAACAGAUCGGAUAGAGUUAUUGCUUCGAACUUACCAGUCAUAUAACCUUCAUACAAAGAACCAGACAAGAGCGUAUCUAGGCGAAAAAUUUAGAGCAGUACUAGGAGUUCCUGAUAGCAUGACAAACUUUGAAUGUGGUACUGAAUUUCUUCGGAAGAUUGUGCUUGUUCACUUGGGCUGCGUCAAUGUUACCGAGAAACAGGACGCUGACAAAUUUAACAUGCUUUUAUUCAUGGCAAGAAAACUUUAUGCUUUGGUCCAGGGAGAUUGUGCUGUUGAUAAUCCAGAUGCUGUAUCUAAUCAAGAGAUUCUCCUCGGGGGAUAUCUAUACGGGAUGAUCAUUAAGGAAAGACUCGAAGACUUAAUAAAUCUUCAGUAUCGAACAGUGGUCAGGGACUAUAUCAGAAAGAGUAUGGAUCAUUCUUUUACUUCUUCUGCCUUUCGGAAAGACUUUCCCUCGAAAAUUUUACAAAGAUCAAAUGAGCUCAUCGGACCUGCUCUUGAAUAUUUUAUGUCGACCGGAAACCUAGUGAGCCCUACUGGACUUGAUCUUCAACAAGUCUCUGGCUUCACGGUAGUUGCCGAAAAAAUUAACUUCUUACGAUUUAUUAGUCAUUUCAGGAUGGUACACAGAGGAAGCUUCUUCGCACAACUAAAGACAACUACAGUUCGUAAACUCCUACCUGAGAGCUGGGGAUUUUUGUGCCCUGUACAUACUCCAGAUGGUAGCCCUUGUGGGCUUCUCAAUCAUCUAGCUCAUCGCUGCAGAAUUCUUACUAAUCCUAUUGAUACGUCCGCGUUGCCAAAACUAGUCAUGGAAUUUGGAAUUACAAGUACAGCCUCUUCCUCUACCGAUGAGAGUGUCGCUGUACAGUUAGAUGGACGAAUACUGGGAUGGUGCACACCCAAGCAAGCUCGUGUAAUUGCAGAUACAUUACGAUAUUGGAAGGUUGAAGGAAAUCAUGGUGUCCCUAAAGAGCUAGAAAUUGGGUACAUUCCAAAUUCCAGAGGGGGUGAGUAUCCAGGUAUCUAUAUGACAUCAACAACCUCCCGAAUGAUCCGGCCCGUUAAAUACUUACCACUCGAAAAAGAAGAUUAUGUUGGGCCGCAUGAACAGCCGUUCAUGUCUAUAGCUGUCGAUGAAGAGGAAAUAGUAUCAGGAGAAACUUCACAUGUAGAAUUUAAUCCGACAAAUAUUCUCUCUAUACUUGCUAAUAUGACGCCAUUCUCCGAUUUCAAUCAGUCACCGCGAAAUAUGUAUCAGUGUCAGAUGGGAAAACAAUCUAUGGGAACACCUGGAACGGCGAUCCGAUACAGAACCGAUAACAAGGCUUAUAGGCUUCUGACUGGACAGACACCUAUCGCUCGAUCACCUUUGCAUAACGCGUACGGAUUCGAUAACUUUCCAAAUGGUAUGAACGCUGUAGUAGCUGUCAUCUCGUACACUGGCUAUGAUAUGGACGAUGCUAUGAUAAUCAACAAGUCAGCUCACGAACGGGGGUUUGGAUAUGGCACUAUCUAUAAAACAAAAAAAAUUGAAUUAGAGGAGAAAAAGAACAAAUCAAGCAAAAAGACCAAAAAACUCUUUGGUUUCGCACCAGGCUCUGAAAUAAAGGCGGACGUGCUAAGCCAAAUUGAUGAAGAUGGUCUUCCUCACAUAGGACGGGAGAUCAAGCAGGGAGAUAAGAUUUGCGCCUGGUAUACCGUGACUAUGGAUGAAUCGGGCCAUUUGGUGAAUAGGGAUGGAAUUACUCAUUUUGAGAAAUAUAAAGAUUCCGAGGACGCUUAUAUCGAAGAAGUGCGUCUGAUUGGCGAUGAAAACGGAAUAGAGCCCGCGCAGGUGAUUUCUGUUAAAUUUCGUGUUCCCCGAUCGCCUCUUAUUGGUGACAAAUUUUCCUCUAGGCAUGGACAGAAAGGUGUUCUUUCUCAAAAAUGGCCCGCAAUAGACCUUCCAUUCACGGAGAGUGGGAUACAACCUGACGUUAUAAUUAACCCACAUGCAUUCCCCUCACGUAUGACUAUCGGUAUGUUUAUUGAGUCACUCGCCGGAAAAUCGGGAGCUCUACACGGAUUAGCGCAAGACAGUACCCCGUUUAAAUUCAGUGAGGAGAACACUGCUAGUGAUUACUUUGGACACCAGCUCAUGAAGGCUGGAUAUAACUACCACGGAAACGAGCCUAUGUAUUCGGGGAUCACCGGCGAAGAGUUACACGCCGAUAUUUACAUUGGAGUUGUCUAUUACCAACGGCUGCGGCAUAUGGUAAAUGAUAAAUUUCAAGUGCGAACAACGGGACCCGUAACCCAGAUGACUGGUCAGCCUAUCAAGGGAAGAAAGAAAGGUGGUGGUAUUCGUGUGGGCGAAAUGGAACGCGACUCGCUCCUUGCUCAUGGUACCGCUUUCCUUCUUCAAGACCGGCUAUUUAAUUGUUCUGAUUAUAAGCGCUGUUGGAUUUGUAAAAAUUGUGGAACAUUUAUUUCCACUCAGCCGAGUGUUUCGCCAUUUUCCCAUCGAACCAAGGGAACUGGAAAGGUUAGAUGUCGCCGAUGCGCUCAUCGGUCAGAGGGAUGGACAGAGUCCGAAACUUGGGAAGAUGGAGACGGGCAAAAGUGGGUUGGGGGUGAUGAUACGACAAUUGUCGCUGUGCCAGGGGUGUUAAGAUACCUUGACGUAGAGCUGGCAGCCAUGGGUAUCAAGCUUACAUACAAUGUGAGUCCUUGA